AUGCAUUCAGAAACAGAGGAUGAAACUGAUAGUGGCAGUUAUGAGAACAAAAUGGAAUUUCUGGGCUGUGGACAUAAAACUUUUGGAAGUAAAUUGUGUUCUUCAUGUUUAACUAAUAAAAAUUUGUACGAAACAGAAGAUAUGAAUUACAAAAAUAUGGUUACUUCCCCUUGCGAAAGCAGGGGAAGUGGAAUAGAAAUGAAGAUAGAAGAUUCGGUGCCAUGUUUUGUCAAAGGUAACAAUGUU